GGGUGUGAUGAACAUGCCCAAUGUGGAGGUGGAGAUGGACAUUUUAUGCCUACUGUUCAGAAACCAACAACAAGUCUCAUGAAAGACAGAUAGAUAUCACCUAUCUCAGGAAGCCAUCCCGAAUCCACAGCAGCCACUGGCAACAAUAACAACAACAACCAUGGUAACAGCCCAGCCAACAUGACGACAAGCAACAACGGCAAAUCCCAACAUUUGAGCGGUUUUGGCUUCGGCCCAAAGCCAAGAAAAUAGAAAAAACAGCUAUGACUGCAAGAACCGGUUCUGGUCGGAGGUUUUUGGAUGCUGAUCAUUUGGGAGAGGAUGGCUGCGGGGUGGGUGCAAGGGAUCGACAAAGGUGAGGGUUAUAAGAAGUCUCCAGCAGCCUCUUUUUGGGUGGGAAAUACAUCAACAGCUUUUCUUCUCGGCUAUUAAUUAAUCACCUGCUUGGAUUUAAUAUAUCUCUUAAUAUAAUUCUACUUUGGCUCGGAACGGGAUUGAUCAUGAAGCUUUUCCAGACAGUCAUCUUUACCCUCUCCGUCGUGGGACUUGCCACUGCUGUUCCCACUCACAGCACGCUCUUCAGAAGAACUAUUUCUGAUGUUCCCAGUCUUGGUGUUGACUGCGGAGGACAACGCUUCAACCAAACCCAGAUUCAAACCGCUGCCCAACGGGGCGUAUACGACACUACCGGUCCAGACGGACCACAGCCAGCGGGCUAUCCCCAAGAAUUCGACAACAAGGAGCACCUCGACUUUCCCAACUGUGAUAAGGACCUGAUUGAAUUCCCUAUCCUGGCCAACGGGAAGGUAUUCGGUGGUGGAAAGCCCAGGAAAUAUCGCGUUGUCUACCAGACGACUAGCAAGGACGAUGCCAAAUACUGUGGACUGAUGUUUCAUCGGACUGCGAAUGCAACCACCUAUACCAAGUGCCAUGAUAUCAAGAAAUGAAGUGAGGUAGGAGUUAUCAAAUGAUGGAUGGACUGAUUCAUUGAACAAUUGAUUUAUUGGUAUAUAUCUAUAUAUAGUCCACAAAGCCUUUCUAUUUACCCAUUGUGUAUUGAAGCCCAACACGGUUGAGAACCUUGACCUCUCGUGGUUUGAUAAACAUCGGAGUCGUUGUAGCGAAAUAAUCCUCGUAGUACGGCUUGGUGAGUUGGUUCUUUAGCAACCAUUCCGUUGACUCUGUCCUAGUAUAGUAUCAGCAACAUUCAUACCAAAGUAAGGUGGUACAAGCCAGUUCUCAACCCAUGACAGCGUCCCAGGCUCUUCGGGGGACUGGUAGACCUCGAAAAAGGUACAUUCUGGCUCGGC